CCUCUCUCCUUUCUCUCUCUAUGGCAUUUCUCUCCGGGUCAAGUUUGAUGAAUUCGUAGUUUCAGAAUGAUCUUUGGGUUGUUGAGCUUCUUUAUCGCUCGAAAAUAGGCUCUAAUUGGUGUAUCGUCGACUAUAUUUGUAGACCGAUCGCUGAAGUUGCAAUAAUUCCUUUUCUCAUUUUGGUCGAAGAAAUAAGAGGUUGCCAGUUUGUUAAUUCGAGCAACAGAAUGGGAUAUCUCAAUUCGGUUUUAUCAUCUUCAAGCCAAGUUCAUGCUGAUGAUGCACCCGUAAGCGGCGGUGGUCUCAGUCAGAAUGGAAAGUUCAGUUACGGUUACGCUAGCUCUCCUGGGAAAAGGUCUUCAAUGGAAGAUUUUUAUGAGACAAGAAUUGAUGGUGUAGAAGGAGAAAUUGUUGGUCUCUUUGGAGUUUUUGAUGGUCAUGGAGGUGCUCGAGCAGCAGAAUAUGUGAAGCAGAAUCUUUUUAAUAAUUUGAUCAAGCACCCAAAGUUCAUCUCUGACACAAAAUCUGCUAUAGCUGAUGCGUACAGCCGCACAGACUCGGAGUUUCUGAAAUCAGAAAAUAAUCAGAACAGAGAUGCUGGAUCGACUGCUUCUACUGCCAUCCUAGUUGGUGACCGUUUGCUUGUUGCAAACGUUGGUGAUUCCAGAGCUGUAAUAUGCAGGGGCAAUGCAAUUGCUGCUUCAAGGGAUCACAAGCCAGACCAAACUGAUGAGCGGCAACGGAUUGAGGAUGCAGGAGGAUUUGUUAUGUGGGCAGGAACUUGGAGAGUUGGAGGUGUUCUUGCUGUUUCUCGUGCAUUUGGUGACCGGCUAUUGAAGCAAUAUGUUGUUGCUGAUCCAGAAAUUCAGGAGGAAAAGAUUGAUAGCUCUCUAGAGUUCCUUAUACUUGCAAGUGAUGGAUUGUGGGAUGUUGUCACAAAUGAGGAGGCUGUUGCAAUGAUUAAACCAAUUCAGGACCCAAAGCAGGCUGCAGAAAGACUGAUGCAGGAAGCAUUUCAAAGAGGUAGUGCUGACAACAUUACUUGCGUUGUUGUUCGUUUCUUGGCCAAUCAAGGGGGUUCGUCUCAUAGUAGUACUGAGUGAACUCACGUUCUUCGCUGAAAGCCUGAAAGCCUGAAAGCAUUUGAUUGCCUGCCAGAUUGGUAGGAGGGGUACAAUAAAAUUCAUUGCUUGACAAAUGUUAGGAAGUCUUUGGUAGCAUAGUAUUGUAUAAGAAUAGACGCUAAAUCAAAUUUAUCACUCUGCUAAUAUGUAUUUUUACGUUUUUCCAGCCUCCAGCAUAGAUUUGUAUCGUAGUUUUUAGUUUCUGUUGUUGGGCUUCUUUUUCUACUUCUUCUUCUUCUUCCUUUAUUUUUAUUUUUAUUUUUAUUUAUUUUUUAUUUUAUAAAAUAGUCUGUUCUCUGACUUCUAAGUGUAGCGGAAAUGCUUACGUGUUUCUCUGUAAAGAGUGCUGUGUAACCAAAUUCUCAAAUAUGAUGUAAAUGUUGUUUGAACUUAUAUUUAUCA